GCCGUCGCGCCAGCCAGCCGGACUAGUGUCGCGCGCCCACUUACUUUGUAGAAGCUAUGUACCGUCGCCACAUUUCUAAACGCAAUGUCAGAUUUAUUUUACUCCUCUUAUAGGAACAUAAUUUAGAGUAUUAAAUACCAUACAAAAUAAAUGUUGUGCGUUAACGAAUGUUUGUGAGUAGGUGCAGCAAAAAUAAACCAAUGAAAACAUUAGCAUUCACUUGUGCCUUUCUUGCGCGGGCUGUCUAAGCGUUACUUCACUGCGCUUCCGCUUGGAGCGCUGAAACUUGUCCUCAAUUGUUUACAUUGGACUCUCCGUUCUGUGCCCUCCCUUUUCCAUAGUUCAUUCUUAUGUUGUUGGCACGUGUGUUAUAAUGCUUUAUCUGCUUGUCUGUCAAGUUGGUUUAUCUGUAUCUGUAGCUGUGUUUAUUGUUAUUGAGUUGGUGAAUGUAUCUGCGAUCAUCUGAAUGUUCCUGUUCUGGAAUAUUUAAUUUUUAUUUAAGUAAUCUGCAUUAAUAAUGAAGAGACAAGCUUCUAUUCAAAACUUUUUUACGAAAAAACAGAGUGUAAAUAGACCUGUUAGUGACAGUGCUGACGUUGACUGUGCCAGUAACAAUGUUUCUUCUGGUGUCGCAAGUACUAGUGCCGUUGAUCCAGCACCAGCUGCGGAAGACUUCAAGCAAAUUGGCAGAAUAUUAACUGAAAUGAAGAAAGAUGUUGUUUUCAAGGCUGUCUUCAAAAAAUUGAACUACAAUGGAAGUACGUACGAAAAUUUGAAAAUAACAUCUCUAAACGAAUUCGACUUGAACGUGGAGCUGAAGUUGCCGAUCGACCGAAGAAUCGAGGUUGAGAACUCCAUGGAAAAGCCUGGUUUCGUGAUGCUCUUCGUCGAAGAUUUUGACGAGAGUGCAUUCACUUCGAGAACAGAGGAAAAAGUAAGGCGAGAAAUAAUGAAAUGGUUCUCCCAAGGUUACUUGUACAGAACCAAGGUGUAUGAGUGGAUGCAGGGAGUCUUGGAAAGAGCACUAAGCUCGUACAGGAGCUUGCCCUCUGUGAAUGUGUGGGUCAAGAGACGUACUGCUGGGCCCGCCCAUAAUCUAAUUUUUGAACAUUCAUCAUUUGGUGAAUUAUCGGUGGACCUGUCUCCUACGUUGGCUUUUGGCUUGGAGGAUUGGCCGGCCGACCCAGUCCGUCAUUACUAUGACAUCCCCUUCUGCACAAGACUGGACGAUAAGAAUUGGUAUGCUGUACCAAAACCUCCGAACAAAAACUACCAACAAGAUCCAGAGCUGUGGAGAAUAUCCUUCUAUUCUUUCGAGCUGGAAAUGAUGAAUGGCUUGGAAUCACUUAAGCCAGUUCUGAAAUUAAUGAAGCGGCUACGUGACGUCCAGGACUGGGGGAAGAUAAGCAGUUACUACUUGAAAACGGUAUUCAUGUGGCAGCUACAUGAACAUGAAGAAGACCCGUCGUUCUGGAGAAUGCCGUUGGGAAAGCUAUUCAUGCUUAUGCUGGAAAAGAUCCAGAAAAGUCUGACUGAUGGAGAAAUACUGUUCUUCUGGGAUGAGAACCUCAACUUGCUGAACCAUGUAAACACAGACUUUUUGACCAAAACUGCUUUUCGCAUCAGUAAUAUGAGGAGACGAAUACUUUACCAUUUGGAAAAUGAUGUGGGAGCCAUACUGGACUUGUACUUCAACAGGAAAGUGUCGAAAGAAGAAAGUGUCGAACAAGGGUCCUCACAAGAAUGGUGCUGCAUUUUGUAGAAUAGUGAGGAAGGACAUUGUUCAAAAAAGUCACGCAUUAGAGACACACACACACACACACGCACUCACACACUCACAUGCGCGCACACACACAUUACACACACACGCAUGCAAAUUAUUAUAUUCUCAAGUCAGUUGCCAAGUGUUCCUGAAGUCACAUAAGGUUCAAGAAAAUAGUUUUAGGAAUGCUGGCAUAUUGAGUUGUGGUUAAAACAUUUUUAUCUAAUCAUUUAAUUGAUAACUAAAGUAGUUAAUUCAUGCAUGAUGUUCCUCAAAUCAUAUCAAAACUACAUGUGUGCAAAAAAAAUCUCUUUAUUUAACUAUGACUUUACAGCAGUCCUUGCCAAAACAGUGCUGUUGUAUAGAUUGGUUUUAAGGGAAAAAAUAUCAUGUUUAAUGUACCAACCAAUGAAGUAAUACCUUAUAUAAGGAGAUACAAUUUUAUGAUUUUAUUUUUAGCUCAAUAUAGUUUGUAAAUUGAAGCUACUUGUGUUGUCAGUUUUAAUUUUAUAAAUGAGGAUGGUACGAUAUUAAACAUAUAAUACUAUAAAA